AUGCGUUCCUUCGCUACUAUCAUGGCUGCCGCCGCUCUGGCUCAGACCGCAAUGGCCCACUACCGCUUCACUUCGCUCAUUGUUGGCGACGAGGUCACCAAGGAGUACGAGUACGUUCGCCAGAACAGCAACAUGAACUCCCCCGUUACCGAUGUUACCUCCAAGGACCUCGUUUGCAAUGCUGGUGGCCUCGACACCGGUGCCCAGACCAAGACCUACAAGGUUGCCCCUGGUGACACUGUUGGUUUCGCUCUCGACACCCCUAUCCAGCACCCUGGUCCUCUCAACGUCUACAUGUCCAAGGCUGAUGGCGAUGCUUCUGAAUAUGACGGUUCCGGUGAAUGGUUCAAGAUCUUCACUAUGGGUGCCAACAAGCCCGGCGACAACGGUCUUACCUUCAAGGCCGACCACCUCAGCAAGGUUACCUUCGACCUCCCCAAGGACACCCCUGCUGGACAAUACCUCCUCCGUGUUGAGCACAUCGGUCUUCACAGUGCAUCUUCCUUCGGUGGUGCCCAGUUCUACAUUUCUUGCGCUCAGAUCCAGGUUUCUGGCAGCUCUACUGCUAAGCCUUCCCCUACUGUCAAGAUCCCUGGUGUCUACACUGGCCACGAGGACAGCCUUGAGUUGAGCAUCUACUACCCUAUCCCCGAAAACUACCAGCCCCCUGGUCCUGCCGUUUGGCCCAGCAACGGCUCAUCUGAUUCCGCACCCGCCUCUUCUGCUGCUGCUUCUGUUCCCGCUUCUAGCUCCAGCGCUUCAGCCAAGGUCCCUGCCACCACCGCUUCGUCUGCCAAUCCUACUACCAUGGCUACUGUCGUCAAGUCCAGCGCCGCUGCUUCCACUGCCACUGGCUCUGUUGGCGGCUCCACCAGCGGCACCUCCAAGAGAUACCAGCAGUGCGGCGGUAAGGGCUUUACUGGAGCAACUCAAUGUGAAUCUGGCACCACUUGCAAGGUUCAGAACGACUACUACUCUCAGUGCCUCUAA